GCGCGGAAUUUGUAAAAUCCAUAACAUCAAAUUAGCUGCCGUUUAAUCAACCCCUUUCAGAUGUCAAAAAAAUAGUUUUAAAAACAACUUAUUUAUUGGCAGAUUGGAUCCACGUUACAUCGUACAUUGCGGUUAGGUGAUUAGGAAAAGUGUUAAAAGUUAAGUUUCGGCAACUUCAGGUUUGAAGUUUGACAUGACUUAGCUAGCUACUCCCAUCAAGCUAACUGACAUGUGAGAUCUGGACAGUUUUAUGAAUAAAUAACAGUUUGUAACAACAAUUCUGGAGAUAAAUUUGACUAAUGUUAGCUUGGUGUUAGCUGAGCACGACGUGUUUAAUUAACGUUAUGACAUGUGUAGCUCCAAUGCGUCCUGGCUAAGCUAGGCUAAGCUAAGCUAGGCUAGGCUAAGCUAUGCUGAUACACCAUCUGACUAAGGCUCUGUUCACAUCCGGACGACCGUUAACGUUACGGUUCCAGAUCCACAGAGGGUUUCGCGUUACCGGGUAUAAGAGGACAGACUCCCCGGGAGACAUGAUCCGGCGGACUCCGAUCAAACGGGUUCUCUGUGUGGCGGAGAAGAAUGACGCGGCCAAGUGCAUCGCGGACAUCAUGUCCAACGGCAGAAUGAGGAGGAGUGAGGGUCUGUCUGUCUAUAAUAAACUCUAUGAGUUUGAAUACAACCUGUUUGGACAGAAUGUGACGGUGUGUAUGACGUCAGUGUCCGGACAUUUGCUGGCGUUGGAGUUUAAGGCUCAGUUCCAGAAAUGGCACAGCUGUAAUCCUGUCCUGCUGUUUGAUGCCGAGGUGGAGAAGUAUUGUCCUGAGAACUUUGUUCAGAUCAAGCGGACCCUAGAGAGAGAGGUGAGUCAGUGCCAGGUGCUCGUCGUCUGGACAGAUUGUGACAGAGAGGGAGAGAACAUCGGCUUUGAGGUGAUAGACGUCUGUAAAGCAGUGAAGCCCAGUGUGCAGGUAUUCCGCGCCCGGUUCUCUGAGAUCACUCCCUCCUCUAUCAGGAGAGCCUGCGACACGUUAACGGAACCGGACGGUAACGUCAGCGAUGCUGUGGACCUACGGCAGGAACUGGACCUCAGGAUAGGUGCAUCGUUUACCAGGUUCCAGACACUCCGCCUCCAGAAAAUCUUCCCCGCCUCGUUAGCCAAUCAGCUGAUCUCGUACGGCAGCUGCCAGUUCCCUACGAUGGGAUUCGUUGUGGAACGAUUCAAAUCCAUCCAGGCAUUUAUACCAGAGAUGUUCUACAAGAUCAGAGUCCUCCAUGAGGUAGAGGAAGACUCAGUAGAGUUCAGCUGGAAGAGGAACAGACUAUUCAACCACACAGCCUGUCUAGUGGUCUACCAGAUCUGUAUGGAGGAUCCCAUAGCAACCGUCACCUCGGUAACCAGUAAACCCAAAAGCAAGUGGAGGCCGCUGCCCCUGGACACAGUGGAAAUGGAGAAGCUGGUUUCCAGGAAGUUGAGAAUCGGCGCCAAAGAGACCAUGAAGAUCGCUGAGAAACUAUACACACAGGGGUUAAUCAGUUAUCCGCGGACAGAGACCAACAUGUUUCCUAAGGACCUGGCCCUGGGCCCCCUGGUGGAGCAUCAGACACACAGCCCCGCCUGGGGGCCCUUCGCUAGAGGGGUGAUGGAGCAGCCAGGGGGUCCCAACCCACGACAGGGCACCAAGACAGAUCAGGCUCAUCCCCCUAUACACCCCAUCAAGUACACCAGCACACUACAGGGCAACGAGCAGCGUGUGUAUGAGUUCAUCGUGCGUCACUUCCUGGCGUGCGUAUCCCUUGAUGCUGUGGGGCAGGAAACGGUGGUUGAGGUGGAAAUCGCUCACGAGAGGUUCUCCGCUAACGGCCUCAUGAUCAUCAGGAGGAACUACCUGGACGUGUACCCCUACGACCGCUGGAGCACUAAGGUGAUCCCAGUGUAUGAACAGGGAAGCCAGUUUCAGCCAUCAGCCAUAGAGAUGUUGGAUGGACAGACCUCUCCUCCUCAACUCCUCACAGAGGCAGACCUCAUAUCACUGAUGGAGAAACACGGAAUCGGUACGGAUGCUACCCACGCAGAUCACAUUGAGACCAUAAAGAGCCGUAUGUACGUCGGACUAACAGCUGAUCAGAGGUUUCUACCAGGAGAACUGGGGAUGGGACUGGUGGAGGGGUAUAACUCCAUGGGCUAUGAGAUGUCGAAGCCCGACCUGCGGGCGGAGCUGGAGGCGGACCUGAAGCUGGUAUCGGAGGGGAGGAAGGACAAACAGAGCGUGUUGAGACGCCACAUUCACAAAUACAAGACGGUCUUCAUAGAGUCGGUCAAGAAAGCCAAGAGGUUGGACGAGGCUCUGUCUAACUAUCUGGGCGCGGCCCAGGAGUUCAGCGAAUCAGAGCAGCAGGAUAUGGAGAUGCCCCUCCCAGUCAGGAAGUGUCCUCAGUGUGGGCGGGACAUGGUGCUGCGGAGGAGGAAGGAGGGGAACGGGAAGUACCUGUCCUGCGUUGGUUACCCAGAAUGCAAGUGUUCCGUGUGGUUUCCUGACACGGUGUUAGAGGUCAACAGAGACGAGUCUGUCUGUCCCACCUGUCAGCCACGCCCCGUUCACAUGUUAAAGUUGAAGUUUCGACGAGGCAGCCUUCCUCCCAUGAUGCCGCUGGAGUUUGUCGGCUGCAUCGGAGGGUGUGACGAGACGCUGAGGGAGGUGCUAAACCUCAAAUACCUCAGAGUUGGUGGAGGAGGAGGAGGGGUGGCGGGAGGAAGAGGAGGUGCUGGGGGAGGAAGAGGAGGAGGAGGAGGAGCAGCUGGGGGAGGAAGAGGAGGAGGAGGAGGAGCAGCUGGGGGAGGAAGAGGAGGAGGAGCUGGGGGAGGAAGAGGAGGAGGAGGAGCUGGGGGAGGAAGAGGAGGAGGAGGAGGAGGAGGAGGAGGAGGAGCAACUGGGGGAGGAAGAGGAGGAGGAAGAGGAGACACCGCAACCAAUCAGCCUAGACCUCGCCCUGACCCCAGAGGUGGCGACAUCACCGUGUGUAACUGCGGGUCGGAGGCGGUCCUCCUCACGGUGACGAAAGACGGACCGAACCGGGGUAGACGGUUCUACAAGUGUUCCUCUGGAGGCUGUAUCUUCUUCCUGUGGUCCGACCAGCCCGACAUUAACAUUUACCCUCCGGGCCCCCAGGGGGCGCCACCCAGCGGGCCACAGCAGCCCCCCGGGUCCUCCGUUGGGGUGGGGGGAGGAGGGAGGGAGGAGGUGGUGUGUAACUGCUGUGAGCCAGCGGUUCAGAGGACGGCGCAGAAGGAAGGACAUAAUAAAGGAAGAGUUUUCUACACUUGUGGGAAACUCAGAGAUCAACAGUGUGGAUUCUUCCUCUGGGCUGACGAGAACAUCCCACCGCCGGGUUCUGGAAGAGGGGGGGGAGACUGGGGGAAGAGGGGGAGGGAGACUGGGGGAGGACUAGCCCCCCCCACCACCAAACCCCCCGUCGCUAGGAAACCCCGUACCUGUGGAAUCUGUCACCUGCCCGGACACACACGUGUCACCUGCCCUCAACGCUGACCUUUAACCCCCGAUCCCACUGCUGCCAUGGAGAUGCUCUGACCCCCUCCAGUGUGAAAUUGUUCCCUGACAGAGGUCAGCUUAGAGAGGUGUUAAACCAGGGUUCAUUUGGGACAGGAGAAGAGAGGGACUGGGUUAAUUUGGGACACGAGAGGGAUUGGGUUCAUUUGGGACAGGACGGGACGGGGACUGGGUUCAUUUGGGACUACAUUUAAAAUGACAUGGAGAAUGAGUGAAUUAAUCGAUAUUUUACAGAGAAAUAAAUGAAUGAAUUUGAA